AUGAAUCCGGCUCAAGUGGAGUUUUUGGCCGAGAAUCAAACCAUUCAAAUAACGCCCAACUUUAGCCACGAUCGGCUUUAUUUGAUCUGCGGAGAAGUGGGCCCAUUUCGACCAGGAAUCCCUGUUCAAGUUCCAUUGUGGAUGGCCAUUAAUUUGAAACAACGUCAAAAAUGCCGAAUAACUGCUCCUGAAUGGAUGACAGUUGAAACACUUGUGAAGAUCAAGGAAGAUGAGGGACAGUCUAAGACAUUUACCCCCAUGCCUGAUGAACAUUACAUGGUAACCACACAACUUAUCUUGGGGGCUGCUCCUCAUGACAUAGCAAACACAGAUGAGAUCCGCAUAUUAGUGAAGGACAUUUGGGAUAUGAGAAUUGCUAAGCUAAGGUCUUCUGUUGAUGCUUUCCUGAAGAUUGGUGGCUCUCUUGCUAAAGUUGACCAUCUCACUCCGAUGGAAAUUAAUACAGUUCGUCCAUUUCUACCCCAUGCUUUGGACCAAUUAUUCAGGCUAAGACAGGUAUGGAGAAAAACUCUACCUACAAUCAGACCCAAUAAAUUUAUUCAACAAGCAUGUGAGUAA